CGGUUUUUCGCCCCAUCGCUUGACGCGGAUCGCCGUGGCCGUGGUUCGCUCGGAGAGCAGCAAUCAUUCGCGUUCGGACGGUGGAACGGUGCACACAUCGGUUUGUGCAGUGCUGCAACCAUACUUCCUAUACCCUAACGCCCUCGCCACUUCUUCGCGACAAAGAGCACCAAAGCUAGCGUGUCGGCAAAGCGGACCGCAAACGUCGCUUGGUGUGGGCUCCUUUCUAAAGUGUAGCUUAGCGUCUUCGAUUGAAUAUUACAAAGUGCAAUCGCCCAAACAGUGGUCCAAACGGCAGCAAAGUGCAUCUGCAGUGAUCUUCUGCUCUGAGUUCUGAUCUGAGAAAGAGCGAUAAUAAGCGAAGAGACAAAUACAAGCUUUUCGGCUGCCGUGUGAACUGUGUGAAAUUAGUGCUUUUGCUUUCGCCCGAACAAAUCAAGUGCAAGCUUUACCACCUCGCGCGCAUCCCUCUCUACCCCAAAGAUGAGGCCCCCAACGCAUUUCGGUAAUGAUAUUACCAACACCGAAGCGAACGGUGAUGAUCAGCAGAAUAACAACAACAACAACAACAACGGUGGUGGAGGAAAUGGAGGCAACAACAACAACAGCAACCACGCGGACCACAUCGUCGAGCGGUUGACGCAGAUGGGCGCCACGAUUAACUUCCCGAAGGUGGCGGGCCGCGGCAUCAUCCGGGUCGUGGAGCGGUGUGACGAUGCGAAGGAGAACAACAAUCUGGAUCUCUCGGAAUGCGAGCUGAUCCAGGUGCCCGAUGCCGUUUACCAUCUGAUGAGACAUACCGAGCUGAAGACGUGCGAUUUGAGCAGCAACGUUAUCACAAAGAUAUCGCCCAAAUUCGCCGUCAAGUUUAGCCUCAUCACAGAUCUCAACCUGUCCCACAACCAGAUGGCCCGGCUACCGGACGAGCUGGCCGAUCUGCACUCGCUGGAGAUGCUGGACAUUUCGCACAACACCUUCAUCACACUGCCCGCCGUCGUGUUCAAGAUGCCCAAGCUGCGCGAACUGAAGGCCAACAACAAUGCCAUCAUCGACAUCGACCGGGACGAGAUCAUUGCGUCCGACUCGCUCGAGCUGGUCGACCUGCGGCACAAUCCGCUCACGCCGAUGUGCCACGAUCUGCUCAAGCACGCCGUCCUCUCCUUCCGGAUCGAGCUGUCCGAGCGGGUGAAGGAGGAUUGGGAAGAUUUGACGGAAUGUGAAUGAGGCCGGGCGCGGCCGAGGGUGUCGGCGCCGGUUCGGUGCUUUUUUUCCUGCCUUCAAAUCAUUAGCUUUAGUAGCGCACAGAACGGGGACGUCGUGCGUCGUCGUACGUUAGCGUGGUAUUUUCUGUUUAGCUAGCUGAAACGGCUUCAACCGGCCCGAUUGCGUUGGCGCAAUCGUUAUUUUAAGGCUGAUGGCGCCCACGCUCAAGCUACUUAUUUUGAUACUAACCAACCGCAGCUACCGGCCAGUCCGACCAGUAUGUUGUGAAUUGUACUUAAGCGAUGCUGUAUUAUACAAAACCAAACCCCCCGUACCCAUAUUAACCCUACCCGUUUUCCCCGUUCCCUUAGCUAUUAAGGCUCUCGCUCUCUCCCUCUCUCUCUCUCGCCGUGCAUCGUACGUCUCUCGCUCUCUUUUGGUGUUUGGUUUGGAUAUUCUGCUGUAGGGAAAAGUGGGGAAAACAGCAUGCCAGCGCAGUGAUUAUGUGUGUUCGUGGUGCCCAAGAUUUCUGUACCCAACCUUUGCAUACAAGAAAAAUGAGAUUUUGAUCUAGUCAUUAGUCAUCUGCAAUCCGUCUGACUGAAGCGAUGUGAGUUGUGCACACGCACAAGGACAAUCAGGACUUUUGGGAGGUAGCGAUAGGAAUGGAUCAAAACACAUGUCUCUCUAGGACCACUGAGGAACGGAAAUAAUCCCCCCCCCCUCCCCCAAACGCAACGACACGAUGAGAAUUCAAGCGGGGUGAGAGCGAUGCGGAGAAGAGUGAGCAGCAGAACGAGCAGUGGCGGCACUAACACGCCAGAGUGGUGUGAUUUGCUGCUAUCAUAAACGAGAGUGAUAUUAAAUAAGUCAAUUUUGUGUACAUGCAAAAACCCACGCUGAAAAAAAAAACAAAACUGUGGACACAGGUGGAACAAAGUGUGGACACAGUUGUCCUUUUUGUUAAGUGAAAUUCCGUAUAUUUUUGAGAAUUUUGAAUUCAAUAGCAGGGUAAAUACCUUUUUUUGGUAGUAAAAAAAAAAGAAAAGAUCGAGUGCAAUUGUUGAUAUAGCAAGGAGAAAACUAAACACAAAGAAACAUUUGUUAAGAUCCCCUGUACCAGUUGGCAAAAAACGGAAUAAUAAAUUUGUGCUUUGAUAAAAAAAAA